CACCCAGCACAAAUCCCCUCUUCCGCCUCCCUCCCUCCGAGUCUGUCUCAGUUCUCCUAUCCCGCCCAAAGGUCAGAAGUCCUACCCUACAACCUAUUUGUUGUACGGGUCUUCCUACGGCCAAAUCUGGAAAGCAGCUGGAGCGUUUCUCGUUCGUUUAGACCUCUCCCUUCGGUCAAUCUCAUCCGACGCCUUCAGCUGUCUCGCGUCUUCGCAAAUGGUUCAAGACAUGAGGCUCCUAGCGAGAAUGUUCCAAGAGGUGAAGGGCCGAGCACAAUUGUGCGGAGCGGAGAUGCCAGUGUUGCCCGCCUCGUCGUGCUCCCCCGCGACGAAGCUAGAUCGGGAAGACAGCCUCUCCAGCUCCCCACGCUCCACUCUGGACCCUCCAGAUUUUGGCCGCAGUAGGCACCAUGGCAGCGAGGCGGCAGCUGGUACUUCCGACAGCGCUCCUCGCAUCACCCGGAGCAUCACCAUCAAGCGGCAUCGCCAAGAUCGGGCUCCAGCCGCGCAACACUCCCCCUCGUCGUUCAGCCCCUCAACAAGCUCAGGUAUCUGGUCUUUCGCUGGUACGAGACAGCAGCAGGCAUCACCGCUAGUGUUCGAUUGGUACAACCCUCUGACUCUCUGACGGCAGCAGCAUUACAGCCAAUGGGCUUCCGUGCAACUCGCACUACUGUGUCUGAAGUGUUUAUAGGUAUAUAAGACGCCCAAUCAGGCCGCUCAUGCGUGUGUGAUUCCUGUAGUCAAACCAAGUGAGAGCUUCUUAUAGUAGCGAAGUGUGUGCAGUUGCAGCAGGAUGCAUGGCGCCUGGUUGCAUCCUGUAUGCGAGCAGUGCAGGGUCCCUGGGCGCAUAUGAUACACGGAGCGACUGACGGCAGGUGGGGGGUUAUGAGACACGGAGGAACAUGGGAAGGAUGAGAAAGAGUUGCUACCGUAUGUCCAAACAAUGUAGCCAUGCUUCAUCUGGCUUAGUUGGAUCUCCCUCAAAUCUUUCCUUGUCACCUAUGGAUUGGACUAUCUUUCCCCACA